CUGAAAUAACAUAGCGGGGUACGUUACCAUAUCACACAAAUUAAACAUGACUUCAACGAACAACCGUCUACAUAAAACUAGGUGCUGGUUAACUGUAUCGAGAUCAAAAUGGAUUAAACAUAAUUUGUUACUUAUACUAGUGUUAUUGGGUGUUAUUGCAGGAUUUGGAAUAGGAUUUGGUGUGCGAUUAACACACCCUUCUGAGAGUGUUUUGCUAUGGACGGGUCUUCCCGGAGAUCUGUACAUGCGUAUGCUGAAGGCGACGCUCCUUCCUCUAAUAGUUAGCAGUAUAAUAGCAGGAACAUCAUCCAUGGAUCCUAAAUCUAGUGGUAAAGUUGGCAGUAUAUCAUUAGCCUAUAUCAUCAUAACAAAUGGAAUUGGUAGUAUCCUAGGUUUGGCUGUUGGCUUAUUGAUCAAUCCAGGAGAAGGGCAAUCUAUACCUGCUGUAACAGAUGAACAAAAUCAACCAAACACCAGAAACUUGUUACCUGAAGAUAUGUUUGCUGAUCUCAUCAGAAACCUAUUUCCGGAUAACAUGGUCGCAGCCACCAUGCAGAAGAGUCAAACAAUAUAUACUAAACAAAUGCAUCUAGCCGAGCAGAAUUUAACUCUUGGACCGACUAACGAGACUGUUGAAUAUCUAAAAAGGAGUGUUGGGUCGGCCAGUGGGACAAACAUCCUAGGAUUAAUAAUAAUAUGUGCAGCACUUGGUACAGCAGCUGCUCAGAUUGGUGGUGCUGCGCUUCUGUUUGUACAGUUCUUUAAAGCAGUUUAUUUAAUUAUCACCAAAGUUCUCGGAUGGAUCGUCUGGUUUACACCAAUAGGUGUUGCAAGUCUCAUAGCAGUUUCUAUCGCCGCGGCUAACCAACUAGAAGAAACAUUCGCCAGUUUGGGUUAUUUUGUAUUAACAGUUACAACAGGAGUGGUCAUUCACCAACUUGUUUUCAUUCCAAUCCUUUAUUUGGUUUUUAUGAGAAAAAAUCCCUUCCGUUUUAUUGGAACCCUGGCCAAACCCUGGUUAACCGGAUUUGCUCCUCCAUCAUCUGCCAUCGCCAUUCCAGAAAUGAUGCGAACCUGUGAAGAAAAGCUUGGUGUAGACAAAUCUAUUUCCGGUUUUGUUGUACCAUUGGCCGCCUCCCUGAAUCGAGACGGUAGCUGUGUUUUUAUCACAGUAACUGCUACCUAUAUAGGCCAGUUAGCGGGAGCUGAUUUAAAUGCGGGUACUAUCAUAACGAUGAUUGUACUUAUAACAGUUAACUCCCUGGCGAUUCCAGCAGUAACAAGUUCUAGUGUAGUAACUUUACUUAUAGUAUUGUCAUCAAUGAAUAUCGAACCAGUCAAUAUUGGCCUUAUCAUGGCCCUAGAAUGGUAUACGGAUCGUAUUAGAACCGCGGCUAAUGUUAUGAGUAGUGUGUUAUGUACGGUUAUAACCAACAAACUAUGUAAAAUCCGUAACCCAGACACACCAGCUGAAAUUAACGAAACUUUUGAAGCGGAGAUCAAGAUAGAAAUCAGUGACACAAAUUCCACUACCAAAUUGUAGAGAUUCCAUUAUUAUCGAUUAUUACCAUAAACAAACAGAAUGAAAGACACGCUUGAGUCGGAAGUUAAAGCAUAAAUACCUAAUUGUAGAGAUGACAUUAUUAUCUGUUAUAUUACCAUAGACAAACAGAAUCAACGACACAUAUGAACCGGAAGUCAAUGCAUAUACCAAAUUAUCAAUUAUCAAUUUAUUACCUAUUUAGUGUUGGCCUAUCAUGUCUAAUAAAAUCCGUAAAUCUCAAGUCUAGAGUCAGUGCCACGUGCGAAUAUAAGAUAAGACGGACAUGCAGACAUGUUUUUAGGUAUAUUUUUUGUAUUUUAUAAUUGAAAUAAUGUAAUAUUGAUUUACAGUAAAAUAGUUUUGUUGAAAUGCUACUAGGUUUUCCCUUACAGACCCCAGUUUCAGUCUAAAAAGGAUGCAAUUCUGUGGAUAAACAGUGAAACACCCCCUCGAAUUGGAUGCUUCCGAUACUGACUCCCAGAUGUCCAUAUUUUAAAAUGAUAAUUGCAGGCUCUAUUCGCUUGAUCGGUGGCUGCUCAGCAGAGCAUACUCUGGUUUUAUUCUUGGACGUAGACAUUUGAUUAAUAAGGGACGCCCCCCCCCCCCUAGUUUGCUACUGCAAGUGGGAUAUUGACAUAAAUAAGAUUUUGUCUAAAACAAGUAAACUAGUAAAUUGUAGGUUAAGUCGUAGAUCUCACCAAACCAUGCAUACCUCAUAUAUUCUUUCUCAUUUCAACUACUGUGACGUUAUAUGGGGUGGGGGUAUCUCUGAACUUUUACAAUUAGAUGCACUUAGACUAUAUGGGUGCUGUGAAAGGUACAAGUCACCAACUUUUAUAUAAAGAAACAGGUUUUAUCACACUACAAGAGAGAAAAGGCGACAUAAAUUAAUUUUAUUCUACAAAAUCAUCAAUCAUUUCACUCCCGAAUACUUGUUUCAAAUGAUACCACCCAAUAUAAAUUCAUCUAGUCUACAAAACUAAAGCAACCUCCCAACAUAUUUCUUUAUUUACCUCCUCUAUUAUAACAUCUACAAUUAAAGAAUGGAAUCUAUUCGAUCUUACUACCAGAAACUUACCUACUUUAUCCUCUUUCAAAUCUAAUCUCAGUUAGCUAGCUUGAUCAACUCAUCCCUACAGUUUACUACUCUGACAGUUGGAAAAAUCAAAUUCACCAUUCUCGUCCUCGACUCUCUUGCAGUGUUUUGAACGGACAUCGUUUUCCCGGAAACAUUUCUGGUAGCUCUAGUUGCGGUUGUGGUCAUGCCUAUAUGAAUACUCGGAACAUGUUCUUUUAAUUUGAAUGAAUGAAUGAAAUUUUUGAUUGUGGUAUGUACAUAUCAUGUAUUUAGUCAUCUAAUAAUUUGAUCAUACAUGUACUUUACUUCUUUCACAUGUUUUCAAUAUAUAUUUUUGUUUGUAUUUUUAUGGAGAGGGGGUCAAUAAACUUCUU